AUGACCUUCACACAAUUGUCCAUACUUGAGAUUUUAGCUCAAUUUGCUCAAAAUACUAAGAUUUUCUACACAGCUCCCUCGAAGGCAAAAGGAUCCUCGAGAUUGGAUGACUUGAUUGGCGUUGAGGCCGUGAGGCUAUUGAGUCAGCAUGAUCCAUUUGGUACCAUUUCUAGCGCAAUUUCUGCCGAUGCUCUGAGCAGCAUUUUCACCGAGCAGACAACUUUGCUAAGGUCAUUACCUCAAUUGUACAAUUUGAAGGGCCAUCCUGUGGUCAUCACAGUUGAUCUGCAUGUCCGUGACUACUCCGUCAUUCCAGCGUUGAAGGACUUCAAUUACAUUACAUUGGUUUCAAGUUCCGCUCCCACAUUGUUGAAACAUGCACAACUGGCUAACAAGCUUGCUAUCUCAACAAAGUCGCCGGUAUUCCACUUUGUCGAUCUUGCCAACAUCAGCGAUACGUUCGAGGGUCCAGAGAUCGAGAUUCAGGACACCGACAUUCCAGAAGAACCAGUUGACAUCGAGACCAUAUUAUCUAGUGAUGAACACUUUUCCGUCGUAUCUGAUGCAGCUACUGCUACUGCUCCUGAUGUUGCUUUGAUCAACUUGUCCCCGUACGGAAACGAUUUUAGCAGUCAGCUUCCUCACAACAGCAUUUUGAUAGACAUAAAUAUUUAUAGACCGUGGAACUUUGACCAACUACUUACUUUAAUACCACCUUCCGUCAACAAGAUCGCUAUUGUCCAAGGGUCCUGCAGGAAAAGUGAGACUAAGGGUUUCGAGCCAUUGCUGCUAGACUUUUUUACUGAUUUCAACAAGAUCGUUGAAAGAAAGAUCGAUCAGGUCGUUGUGUGCAACGUGGGGACACUUUCUUCCACACAAGAUGCUUUAGAGAUUAUUAUAAACAACGUGACCAAACCUUCUCCAGAGACAGAUUUAUAUCUAGGCAAACAGAUUGAACAUGAAGAAUACAGCGAUGUGUGGUCAUCAUCGAUCGAAAACGUUCUGCAUUUGGAGUCUGCAUACAUCAAGGUGCUUCAACAGCUAUUUUCUUCCAACUUACAAGUUCUCAAUGAAUACAACAGCGAGACCGUCAAUGGAAACUCUCCGGAGUUUGGGUAUGGUUUAUUCUUGCAUGAGCAAAAAGCUCGCGAAGAGCUGGUAGGAAUUGUGAAGUCUUGUUUGGAUGUAUCUCUUUUCCACACGGAGAAUGCUAAUAGACUGGUAGAACUGUUGUCUGAAUGGUUAGCUUUGAGCGACGAGCCGCUUGACGAAAGCGAGCUAAACGCAGCCAACGAAGUUGCAGAUGAACUCUACAAAAUUUUAGAGACCAAUCAAGAUUCUCAAGCCGCCUUAAAUAUAUUGAACGUGGCACCAUCUGCUCAACACUUCGAGUUUAAGUCAUCGUGGCUGGUUGGCUCGGAUGCUUGGUCGUUCGAUUUGGGUAACUCCGGUGUCCACCAAGUGCUCUCAUCAAAGAAGAACAUCAACAUGCUGCUGAUCGAUUCUGAGCCACACGAUGUUCGCAGACAAUCCCAUGAGAGAAAGAAAGAUGUUGGGUUGUAUGCCAUGAACUUUCACCAUGUCUACGUCGCCUCCGUUGCUGUCUAUUCUUCGUACACACAGAUGCUGGCUGCCUUCAUUGAAGCCUCGAGAUUCAACGGUCCCUCCAUUGUUCUGGCCUAUUUACCAUACCACAAUGAAAAUGACACGCCGUUGGAGGUGUUGAAGGAAACAAAGAACGCUGUGGAAUCCGGUUAUUGGCCUCUAUACAGAUUCGAUCCAAGUAAGGAUGAUAUUGAUGGUGAGGAAUCAUUCCAGCUUGAUUCAUCCGUGUUGAAGAAGGAGUUGCAGUCAUUCCUUGACAGAGAGAACAAACUGACACUACUGACGAGAAGAAACCCCCGAAUCUCAAGAACUUUAGCCACGUCUGCUAGUGAUGCUAUUACAAGGAAACAGGAAAAGAGAGCAAAGGCCGCCUUUGACGAACUGCUAGAAGGUCUUUCUGGUCCCCCGGUCCACAUCUACUAUGCUUCCGACGGUGGCAAUGCAUCCGGGUUGGCUGCUCAAUUGGGUAACAGGGCGUCUGCUAGAGGCUUGAAGGCCACUGUUCUAUCGAUGGACGAUAUAAUCGUAGAAGAGCUUGCAGGUGAGGAGAACGUUGUAUUUAUCACUUCUACGGCAGGACAAGGUGAGUUUCCUCAGGACGGGAAGUCUUUCUGGGAUGAGAUCAGAAAUAGUUCCGAUUUAGACUUCUCUACAUUGAAGUUUGCUGUGUUUGGUCUUGGUGAUUCGGAGUACUGGCCGCGUAAGGAGGAUGCGCGCUACUAUAACAAGCCAUGCAAGGAUUUAUAUGCCAGAUUAGAGUUCUUGACGGCUAUUCCACUAGUUCCACUGGGACUCGGUGACGAUCAGGACGCUGACGGAUACCAAACAGGAUACGCUGUAUGGGAAGCACAGCUUUGGGAAGCUUUGGGCGUAUCUAAUGUGGAGGUUGGUGAGGAACCAAAGGAAUUCACUUCAGAGGAUGUGAAAUCGGCCUCAAACUUCCUCAGGGGAACAUUAGCUUCAGAAUUAGUGAAUGAAUCUACCGGUACUAUUCAUCCUCAUGAUGUACAAUUAGCGAAAUUUCAUGGCAUGUACAUGCAAGAUGACCGUGAUGUAAGAGAAUCACGUAAGGCCCAAGGUCUAGAACCUUUGUAUGCUUUUAUGGCGAGAGUGAGGACCCCUCAUGGUACUGCCACCCCAGAACAAUAUAUUCGUAUGGAUAACCUUUCUGAUGAAACAGGUAAUGGUACUAUUAAAAUUACAAAUAGAGCUACCUUCCAAUUACAUGGGGUUUUGAAAAAGAAUAUUAAACACACCAUUAGGAGCAUGAACUCGAUGUUUAUGGACACUUUAGCCGGCUCCGGUGAUGUUAAUAGGGACAUAAUGAUUUCAGCUAUUCCAAAGAAUUCCAAGGUACACAAGCAACUUGUCGAUUUUGCUACAAAGGCAUCUGAGUAUUUUCUUCCAAAGACUACAGCAUAUCACGAAAUUUGGUUGAAAGGUGUUGAUGACCGUGAUGAACCUUUAUGGCCUGAAACGUUUGCAAAUCGUAAGGGCGGUCCCAGAAAGAAGAAAACUUUGGUAGGUGGUAACACUUUGGUAGAUGUUGAGCCAAUUUAUGGUCCUGCUUACUUGCCAAGAAAAUUCAAAAUCAAUAUUACUGUCCCUCCAUACAACGAUGUGGAUGUUUGGUCUAGUGACGUUGGAUUAAUGACUGUUGUUGAUCCAGAGACACAGAUAAUUCAAGGUUUCAAUAUGCUAGCUGGUGGUGGUAUGGGUACAACUCACAAUAAUAAGAAAACGUACCCUAAAAUUGGUAAGUUAUUAGGUUUUGUUAAGAUAGAAGACGUUAUUCCCGCCAUCGAAGCCAUUGUUAUUUUCCAAAGAGAUCAUGGUGACCGUAAGGAUCGUAAACAUGCACGUCUAAGAUACACAAUUGAUGAAAUAGGAUUUCAUGUUUUUAAGGCGGAGAUCGAGAGAAUGUGGGGAAAGACAUUCUUGCCUAGCGUUCCCUUUCAAAUUAAUUCGAAUAUUGAUUAUUUUGGUUGGGUAAAAGAUGAAAAUGGUUUAAAUCAUUUCACAGCUUACAUCGAGAAUGGUAGAGUUACCAACACAGCAGAUUUGCCUCAGAAAACCGGUUUAAGAAAGGUUGCUGAAUAUAUGCAAGAAACCAACUCAGGGAACUUCACAUUGACAGGGAAUCAACAUAUUAUCGUAAGUAACAUAGAGGACCAUCAUUUAGAACCGAUUAAAAAUAUACUGAACAGGUACAAGCUAGAUAACCUUGAUUUGAGUGGCUUAAGGCUAUCGUCCUCCUCCUGCGUUGGUUUACCCACAUGUGGUCUAGGAUUUGCAGAAAGUGAAAGAUUUUUCCCCAUUAUCGUUACUGAGAUCGAAAGUGUGCUGGAAGAGUAUGGAUUACGCCAUGAUUCUAUCGUAUUGAGAAUUACAGGCUGUGCCAAUGGUUGUGCGCGUCCAUGGCUAGCUGAAAUUGCACUAGUUGGUAAGGCUCCUAACACUUACAACAUCAUGUUAGGCGGUGGUUACUACGGUCAGCGUUUAAACAAGCUGUACAGGGCGUCUGUAAAGGAUGACAAGAUUGUCGAUAUCCUAAGACCACUUUUUAAAAAAUGGGCUCUAGAAAGGGAAGAAAACGAGAAAUUCGGUGAUUUCCUCGUAAGAUCCAAAGUUAUCCAACCUACCAUCGAUGGCAGAGAUUUUCACGAUAAUAUAGCCAUAGAUGCUUAUUAA